CCGGAUUCCGAACUCAAUCCUUUCUCAACGACGGACAGAAAUGAAGGCAAAGGAGAAGCCAUCGAGCUCGAAAUCCCCCGCCUCCGCUCGCCCUGCUUUUCUUUCACAGCCUUCUCAAUGUCGUCGUCUUCUUCCUUAGCGCAUCGGCAUAAUAUUCAGCCAAGCCAAAUUGCUGCGCAGUAGCGCCCUUCUCUUUCAGGCCAAGCUAUCUGCAACUCACAAUUUUCGAGUACCGCGCUUGUGGAAGAAGCACAACAAGGGGAUUGGUGUUGAUUUUGAGAGGAAAUUUGAAGAAUAUAAUGCGUUCGACACCCAAACAGCCUCUCUUUUGCUUCAAAUGGCCAUGGGACAUGAACCCUAAAAAUCCUUCUGACUGUUCAUUUGAGGGUCCUUGGCUGUUCAAAUCACUGCAAAAUGUGGGUGUCUUUGCUUCCAAUUUCUUAAACGAAGUUUCAAAGUCAUCACCUCCAUGGGUCAAUGCUUUUAAGCCAUUGUCGUUUGAUGGAAAUAAGAUGUCCAAGUCUAGAAAAAAGCUAAGUCCUGAAGAGCAAGGAGAGGCAGAAAACAGGGCAUUUGCAGCAGCGUUAGCCAGUGGGAAAGAAGCCACCGUCAUUGAGUUCUACUCGCCCAAAUGUCCGCUGUGCAGUUCCUUGCUUGGUUUUGUUACGCAGAUGGAGGCAAGGAAUGCACAAUGGCUUAACAUUGUGAUGGCUGAUGCAGAGAAUGAUAAAUGGCUGCCUGAGCUUCUUCAUUAUGAUAUUAGUUAUGUUCCUUGCUUCGUGAUUUUGGACAAACAAGGCAAGGCGCUAGCAAAGACGGGUAUUCCAAGCAGUCGGCUUCAUGUUAUUGCAGGACUUUCUCAUCUUCUCAAACUGAAGCGCCCGACAACACUCCCUGGAUCAGAUAAUAAGCAGCAGCCACCAUGUUGAAACACAGACAUUUGGAACAAACGGGAGAAUGUCGGAACUAUUAGGUGUCAAAUCUGAAUUUCAAAUCUUAAAUACGGGUCGUCACAAGUUGAUUCGAUCUAGCCAUGAAAAGGUGACUCAUUCUACCGACGAAGUCUCUAAUUGAAUGAUAGGGAAAUUGAAUGGCGAGAGAGAUGGCUGAAAGGAAGCAAAGGAAGAUGGUGAAUGUUUGAAUCUCCAGCAGCAUUAAUUCAUGUUGACUGAAUAACAGCUAACAGUUACUUGUGAUUAUCGCAUUCAAUGUGCUCGCUGCCAACAUUGCCUGUCCUCAUCUGCCCUCUAAAGGAAUGCUUCCAUUUUUAACUAAACUCUCAUUUAAACUUUUAAGUUAAUAAUAUAUGUAUUAUCUAGUUCAUUAGUGUA